ACCCUAGUAGACUGGUACCCGACCGUUACUUGACAAGUUUAAUAUUUGUAUAUUUCGAAGGCAUACUGCUGAAUAUUUUACGGAGGGGACCAACCUAGCGGCUUGUUGAAAGUCUACCAAGCUCCUUCGACUUUGUAACACAUCUGUACACGUUAUGUGUGAUCCUAGUCAAAAACAUGUUCUCCUUGUGUUUGCCCAUCAAGACGGAAAAUCCUUCAAUGGAGCUCUCAAGGAUGCUGCUGUAGAUACAUUACGGAGUUUGGGACAUUCGGUUGAAGUCUCUGAUUUGUAUUCACAACAAUUUGAACCACGUGCAACGAAAAAUGAUAUAAGGGGUCCUUUGCAGGAUCCUAAUUUGUUUAACUACACGGAAGAAGGAAGACAUGCUUAUAGACAUAAUUGCCAGUCUCUGGACAUAGCCAAUGAAACGGACAAAUUAAAACGUGCAGAUCUUAUCAUAUUCCAGUUCCCAUUAUACUGGUCAUCUGUUCCAGCCAUUCUGAAGGGAUGGUUUGAUCGGGUUUUCUGUGAUAGCUUUGCAUUUGACUUUGAAUCACAGAAUGUCUUGGAUCAGGGAUUUAUGAAGGGUAAACGAACAGUGUUGUCGUUAACGACUGGUUGUACUAAAGAUAUGACAUCUCCAAUGGGUCUGAGUAGCGAUAUCAAUGUUUUAUUAUGGCCAAUUCAAUAUGGUACAUUAAGAAUGUGUGGAUUUGAUGUUCUAUUCCCACAGAUUUCAUAUGGAACAAAACUAGUAGAGGAGCCAACACGACAACAGUAUCUCAAAGACUAGAAAAGCCGACUUCAAAACAUCUUUUCUGAAGAACCUUUAAGUUUUCCUAAAUUAUCAGACUUUGAUCACAAAUCACUAAUGUUUCAUGAUGAGAGUGUUAAAAAGGGAGUGAGUUCUAUAGGACAUAGAAACAACCCAUGAAUCAUUGUGAUAUCCUAUGUCUUAUGUUCUGCAAAUGUGUACAUGUGUUCAUAGCUGCAUUCAUUUAUACAUCUGUCUCCUAUUUCUAAGAAGAAUAGUUGGAAAUUUCUCUUAAAUAACAGGAUUUUCUUAUUCAAAAUUUUCAAUGUAAAAUAAAAGUUUCAAUACUAAUUUUAUAAAAAAAUCUCACAAGUAGCUGUAUUGAAAAAGAAAGAUUUUGUAAGGUACUUUUCCAAUAGAAGUUACUCUUUCUUCUGUUAUAGAAUAUAAAACAUUACCAAAAGCAUAAGAUUUUUGAAGUGGGAUAUAUUUUGAUAAUUUAUGGUAAUCUCUUAUAUCUGAACCUGAGGAUAUAUUUAUUGUUUUAAAAGUUAAGAACAUGGAAAUAAAAUAAAAUCUAUCAAAGGCAAAAUACCUACCCUGUCCAAGGUAGCAAUGUCUUAUUCAUUUAUUGUCCCAUCUGGUCCAGUUAUCAUCCUUUGUUUUUCGUUGUCUACGAAUAUAGUCCCUAGUGUGGACAGUGUAUAACUUGCAAGUUUUUUUCAUACACUUUCCAAAUUUAUUUCUUUAUAUUUUAUGCAUGAAAUAUUAAGUAAAAGGGUGAAAUUAUAUGUUAAAAAAAAUUGGAUGCUGAAUCUUUAUGUUAAGUAGUGAUUUGGUCCAGUUUAAAAAGGUUGCAAAUUAGUAUGUCUGAAGCAGAUAAACUGAAUUUUAGACCCCUUAACAAAGAAUUGUAAAUAUUUUGAGUUAGAGCUGGUAGACUUUUCUAUAAUUUUUAUAUUAUUUGUCCCAAUAGCAGUACACUACACUGUGAAAAAUCUUUUUGAGAUAGAGCAGGUGCGAUUUUUUUAAUUUGAAUUUAUUGUCUAAAAGAAAUGCACUCUGAAAUAACUGUGUUCUCGGGCCAUCUUAACUAAUACUUUCAAAUUUAAAUAAAAAGCAAGAUGGUUAAAAAAGAUAGAAUCUUUCAAACAGGGAAAUGAUAAUCAUGCUUGGGUUAAUUGUAAUUAUAAUCAUUCUCGUUUACAAUUUUUCAAGUAAUGAUACUAAUCAUUGUAAUCAUUAAUCAGCCAAAUAUCUGAUUACAUGUAAUUUAAUUUAAUCAAUUACUUUUAUAGGUUGUAACCCUGAUUACUUUUUGAUUACGUUCUGAUUAAAAUGAACAAACCUCAAACUGUGUUUAUGGUCAAUAUCAUUUCUUAAAUGAACAUUUUUAUUAAUCAUAUUUAAAAAAUAUAUAAUUUGUUAAAAUAAUUUUGUUUACUUUAGGCAUGUUAAAAUAUUAUGAAAUAUGGAUAUUCAUGUAAUUGAUACCAACAAAAUGUAUUUUAAUGAUUUUUUUCAAUCUUGUUUUGUGAGGACAUCAUUACAUGUUGGAAGGUAGAAAUAACUUGUGUAUUAGGUAAAACUCGCUGGUAUAGAAAUUGAGUUUUUCUCAUUCCAAAAGCAUCUUGGCUAAAAUAUGCAUAAGACGGUCAUAUGCAUAGUGAGUUCAUAUCAGCAUUUUUAGCUAUAUAUGUGUUGAUUUUCAUUGUGAAAAGGGGAUCAAAUAUGUCAGGUCCACCUAUUUUUGAGUAAUUUAUUUUGCUUAAAGAUGCAAGUUGGAAAGUCAAAGCACAGUGUAAACUUUGAACAUCUGUUAUAUCUGGACAUACAAAGACAAUUUUGUUAUAAUAUGUUUGAUCUAUUAGAUUUAUUUGAGGUCAAUUAAGACCCUGAGUGAUUUUUAUUGUCGAGCCUUCGACUUUAGUCGAAAAAGCGAGACAUAACGAUCCUACAUUCCGUCGUUGGCGUCGUCGUCGUCGGCCGCGUCCACACAUAUUCACUCUGUGGUUAAAGUUUUUGAAAUUUUAAUAACUUUCUUAAACUAUCCUGGAUUUCUACCAAACUUGGACAGAAGCUUGUUUAUGAUCAUAAGAUAGUAUCCAGAAGUAAAUUUUGUAAAAAUAAAAUUCCUUUUUUUCCAUAUUUUACUUAUAAACAUGAUAAAUGGACUUAGUUUUUCUGCCAGGAAAUAUUACAUUCACUCUGUUUUUAAAACUUUAAUAACUUUCUUAUACUAUUUUGGAUUUGUACCAAACUUAGACAGAAGCUUGUUUAUGAUCAAAAGCUAGUAUCUAGAAGGAAAUUUUGUAAAAAAAUAAAUCCAUUUUUUCUGUAUUUUACUUUAAAAUGGACUUAAAUUUUCUGCCGGGAAACAACAUAUUCACUCUGUGGUUAAAGUUUUUAAAAUUUUAAUAACUUUCUUAUACUAUUUUGGAUUUGUACCAAACUUGGACAGAAACUUGUUUAUGAUCAAAUGCUAGUAUCUAGAAGGAAAUUUUGUUUUCUUCCAGUUAACAUUACAUUCAGUCUGCAGUUAAAGUUUUUAAACAUUUAUUAGAUUCAUAAACUAUCCUGGAUUUUUACCAAACUUGGACAGAAGCUUCUUACAAUCAAAAGAUAGUAUGAAGAGGAAUAUUUUUAUUGAUUUACUUCCUCAUUUUUGUUGAGCCUGCGAUUAACAGAAAAAGUAGGCGAGACACUGGGUUCCACGGAACCCUUACAAAUUUUUGAAUAAUCCAAUAAUAAAUUUAGGGGAUUCAAAAAUCUACAUUUCUGAUAAAAUUGAGAUUUGAAGUGAAAAUGUUUUUCUUAUCAAAAAGAAGGGGAAAUAUUGAAUUUUGUUUUUGUUUUUUGUUGUUUUUUUUUCUUCAAGGAAUACCAAUUUUAUUGAAAAUAGGUCUUUCAUAAAUAAUUCAUGCUAGUAUUAGUUUAGACAUAAUUGAUUUAUUUACUUCUGUAAAAAUAAACUGUUACAGUAUUGAAAGUCCUCCUAAGUAAAAAGUAUUGUACAUGUAUUCACAAUUUAAAGAUGUAUAUUUUAUAAUGACUGUUAUAUUCAAGUUAUACUUUAUUUUAACCCAGCAUUAUAAUCUUUUGUUAAUACAUUGUAUUGUGAUUAUUGUCAUCUUUGAAUUGACAGGUAGAAGACCAAUUAAGGUCUUUUUUUUUUAUUUCAGUUACCAAUUGUGUGUAGCUGUACUUAGAGCAAUAUCUUAAAAGAUAAAUCAGACAUGUGAAAAUUUAUCUAAUAAGCACAAACAAAAAUUGUGACAAAUAUGUUGUUUAAAAUUAACAAAUGUUUGAAUAUAUAAGGACAUGUAAAAUGCAAUGAUUUUUAUAAGACCACAAAUUUAGCUCGUACAAUGUUAUGGCGUUGUCGUUGUCCUUAGGCAUUUGGUUUCCAGACAAUAACUUGAGUAUUAGUGGAUCUCUAUGAAAUUGUACCACAAGGUUCCAUACCACAAAAGGAAGGUUGGGAAUGAUUUUUGGGAUUAUUGUACAAACUGUUUAGGAAUUAGGGGCUAAAACAACACUUUUCUAAUACUUUGUAUUAAUUGCUUAUUUCUUGACCAAUUUCAAAGGGGUUUAAUUCAAAGAAUUGAAUAUUCUUGUGGUUUUUUAAUAUGCUGAAUCUAACCGUGUAUUUAGAUAUUGGAUUUUGGGCCCUGUUUUUAUAUUGGUCCACAUUGAGGUCCAAAGGGUCCAAAAUAAAACUUUGUUUGAUAUCAACAAAAAUUGAAUUCUUGUGGUCCUCUGAUAUGCUGAAUCUAACCGUGUUUUUAGAUUUUGGGCCCAGUUUUCAAAUUGGUCCACAUUAAGAUCCAAAGUGGCCAAAAUUAAACUUAGUUUGAUUUUAACAAAAAUUGAUUUCAAGGGGUUCUUUGAUAUGCUGAAUAUAACCAUGUAUAUGGAUUUUGAUAUUUUGGGCCCCGUUAUCAAAUUGGUCCACAUUGAGGUCCAAAGGGUCCAAAAUAAAACUUUGAAUUCUUUCGGUUCUUUGUAUGCUGAAUCUAAUAUGUAUUUAGAUUUUGGAUAUUGGGCACUAAUAAGUAAAUGUCCAAUUUCAAAUUUUUAAGUUCUUAUACCUCAUUGAUAAUGCAAUGGAACCUUUUAGCAAUAUCCUUUUCCGAAAGCCUAGGUGUUGUAAAAAAAAACACAUGUCACCUUUCCAAGUCAGACGAGUUAUACCCCUUGAACAUGAACAGCUUUUUGGGUCGUCAACAUUAAGAUUUUUCACACUCAAUCUAUCGUGUCGAAGAAAAUAUGUAAAAUCCCAAAAACAUUCAGGAUAGGAAUCAAGACAACUAUGUCCACUGACAAGGUUCCUGACUUUGUAGAAACACACAAACAUCUGGUAGAUUUUUACCACGGAAACAUCAUCCUUAAAAUAUGAGGAGCAGGAUCUGCUUACCCUACCAGGGCAGAAUAGAUCACCUUCAAUUUUUGAUGGGGUUCGUGUUGCUCAGUCAAGUUUUCUAAGUAAUUUUUGGUAGACUGUUAUGGCAUUGUGAGCGUUGUCGUUGUCCUUAGACCAGGGCUCACACUACUUCAGAAUCAUAGGGAGAAGUGACUUCUCUUUUUGAAACUGAUAGGGAGAAGUGGAGAGAUUUGAAAGUGAAGUGCUUGUUCGAUCACGGUAUUACAAUGUUUGGAUUUUACAAUAUGAAGGGCCAUAUGUAUCCUUUUUAUUUAUUUUUUAUAUUGUUCAAUUCAAAUUUAGACAAUUAAAAUAACAGUUGUUUCAGAUUAUGUCUUUAAUAAAUAAUUAGCUCACCGGGGCCCAAAGGGCCCCAUGUGAGCUUAUGCCAUCACUUGGCGUCCGUCGUCGUCGUCUGUCGUCGUAAACUAUUUCAAAAAUCUUCUCCUCUGAAACUACUGGGCCAAUUACCUUCAAACUUUAAUUAAAUGUUUCUUAGGGUAUCUAGUUUAUAAAUUGUAUCCGAAGUUUUGAUCCAUCGACAAACAUGGCCGCCAUGGCUAAAAAUAGAACAUAGGGGUCAAAUGCAGUUUUUGGCUUAUAUCUCAAAAACUAAAGCUUUUAGAGCAAAUCUGACUAGGUAAAAUUGGUCAAUUGGUCUAUCAGCUCUGAAAUUUUCAGACGAAUCGAACAACCCAUUGUUGGGUUGCUGCCACCGAAUUGGUAGUUUUAACAAAAUUUUGCAGUUUUUUGUUAUUAUUUUGAAUAUUAUUAUAGAUAUAUAUAAACUGUAAGCAGCAAUAAUGUUCAGCAAAGUAAGAUCUACAAAAAAGUUAUAUGACCAUAAUUGUCAAUUGACCCCUUAAGGAGUUAUUGCCCUUUAAAGACAAUUUUACACAAUUUGUUCAUCAAGUUUGCUAACAUUUAAAAAUCUUCUCCUCUGAAACUACUGGGCCAAUUACCUUCAAACUUUAACUAAAUGUUCCUUAGGGUAUCUUGUUUAUAAAUUGUAUCCGAAGUUUGUAUCCAUCGACAAACAUGGCCGCCAUGGCUAAAAAUAGAACAAAAGGGUCAAAUGCAGUUUUUGGCUUAUAUCUCAAAAACUAAAUCUUUUAAAGCAAAUGUGACAUGGGGUAAAAUUGUUUAAUUGGUCAAGAUCUAUCGGCCAUGAAAUUAUCAGACGAAUCGAACAACCCAUUGUUGGGUUGCUGCCACCGAAUUGGUAGUUUUAUCAAAAUUUUGCAGUUUUUUGUUAUUAUUUUGAAUAUUAUUAUAGAUAUAUAUAAAUUGUAAGCAGCAAUAAUGUUCAGCAAAGUAAGAUCUACAAAAAAGUUAAUAUGACCAAAAUUGUCAAUUGACCCCUUAAGGAGUUAUUGCCCUUUAAAGACAAUUUUACACAAUUUGUUCAUCAAGUUUGCUAACAUUUAAAAAUCUUCUCUAAAAUACAGGUGAGCGAUUCAGGCUCUUUAGAGCCUCUUGUUAUUUAUAGAUGCACAAUUAUAUUAAUCUUCUUGUCAGAAACUACCAACUAAUUAUCUAGCAUUAAAGGCUUAGACAUUUGGUUUCCAGACAAUAACUAGAGAAUAAGUGUAUGGAUCUCAAUGAAAUUGUUCUACAAGGUUCCAUACCACAAAAGGAAGGUUGGGAUUGAUUUUGGGAGUUAUGGCCUAAAACGUUUAGGAAUUAGGGGCCAAAAAACUAGGAUUUUGUGGUUUCUUGAAAAUAAUUUGAGUAUAAGUCUAUGGAUCCCUAUGAAAUUGUACCACAAGAUUCCAUACCAAAAAAGAAAGGUUGGGAAUUAUUUUAAAUUUAGGGGUUAUGGCUCUAACCUUUUAGGAAAAAGGGGCCAAAAACAAUACUUUUCUAAUACUUUGUAAUAAAUUGCUUAUUUCUUGACCAA